GAGGGGCUGGUGACUGGCGUCGCGUCACGUCCGAACGAGAGCGAUACGCAAGAGAGUACGCGCAGCGAGUGCGAGAGGAUGGAGGCCGCAGAGCAGCACCGGAGCUCGAGUGACGGCGCGGCCGCCAGAGGAGCGGGAGUCCCGGGCAGCGGAGGCGGAGCGGGGUCGGGAGGAGGCGCGGAAGGCGAGCGGGACAGAGAUCGAGCCACCUUCGAGUGCAACAUCUGCCUGGACACCGCUCGAGACGCGGUCAUCAGCCUCUGCGGACAUCUGUUCUGUUGGCCAUGUCUUCAUCAGUGGCUGGAGACGCGUCCCAGCAGACAGCAGUGUCCCGUGUGUAAAGCAGGAAUCAGUCGAGAUAAAGUGAUUCCUCUGUACGGCCGCGGGAGCACCAGCCAGGAAGACCCCAGAUUGAAAACCCCCCCUCGACCUCAGGGUCAAAGGACAGAGCCAGAGAGCAGAGGAGCGUUUCAGGGUUUCGGCGACACAGGGUUUCACAUGUCUUUUGGAAUCGGGGCUUUUCCGUUUGGUUUUUUCACCACAGUCUUUAACACCAACGAACCUUUUCACAGACGAGAUCCUCAUUACGGAGGCGAUCAUCAAGCCGACGCCAACCCCAACAACGGCAACAACUGGCAGGACUCGCUCUUCCUCUUCCUGGCCAUCAUCUUCUUCUUCUGGAUGCUGAGUGUGUGACGGGCGACGACAACAACACGUGCUUUCUGAAGAUCGGCUGUCUGUGUCUCACACACACACACACACACACACACACACACACACA